AUGCUUCAACUACUCGUACAAAGCUUCUUAUUGAUAAUCAGUAUAAAUGUGUUUGUUGAUAGUGAUUUAGUAAAGAUGAGUUGUCAGCGCGUGUCAGUAUCGGACAAAAAUGCUUUGGGUGCGUCAGGUAGAUCAACGCCAGUUUAUGAACCGCUUAUUAAUGAGAUGAAUUCUUAUUGGAUGGGAAGUAUUUCAAUUGGAACACCAGCACAAACUUUUAAUGUUGAUUUCGAUACAGGUUCAUCAGAUCUAUGGAUUCCAUCGAUUCGUUGUCUAUCUUCAUGCGGUAAUCGGAGUCGAUAUAAUGCUAAUACAUCGAGUACGUACCGAGCAAAUGGUGCUAGUUUCUAUAUCGGUUAUGGAGACGGUUCAAGUAUCAACGGCCGUUUUGAUAACGAUACUGUUACAAUUGCUGGUCUUUCUGUAACUAAUCAAGUAUUUGCUGAAGCAUGGAAUAUGUCACGUUUCGGUGGCGUUAGGGAUGGUCUUUUAGGAUUAGGAUAUCAAAGUAUUGCAAGUGGUGGCGAAGCUCCUGUAUUUUACAAUAUGUAUAAACAAAAUUUAAUUCCACAACCAAUAUUUAGUUUCUAUUUUAAUCCAGAUUCUUCGGUGGUACCUGGUGGUGAAUUAAUUUUGGGUGGUGUGGAUACCACCAAGUAUACAGGUUCUAUAGCUUAUGCUAAUGUUACCGUGCAAGGUUAUUGGCAAUUUCAAGCUAAUAGUAUUACUAUUGGUAGUACUGUAAUUUGUUCAUCAUCUUGUAAUGCUAUCGCUGAUACAGGAACAACUUUAAUUCUUGGACCGACUAGUCAAAUUAAUGCACUAAAUGCAGCAUUAGGUGCUACUUAUGAUCCUAAUACAGGAUGGUUCGCAGUAAAUUGUUCAAGUCGUACUCAACAAGGAUUUCCAAAUGUGACCUUUACAAUUGGUGGUCAAGCAUUUACACUUUCGGCAAUUCAAUAUUUCUUAAUAUGGAAUACUGGUCAAUAUUAUAUUUGUUACAGUGUUUUUAAUUACUCAGAUCUCACUAUUUGGAUUCUUGGAGAUUAUUUUCUUUCACGAUUUUAUUCAAUUUAUAACAUGGGAACAAAUCAAGUUGGCUUUGCUACUUCUACGUCAUACAACUAUACACAGGCUAUUUCUUCUCAAACAUUUCAAAGUACUACAACAGUUGCUACCACAAGUACAACUACCAAAAUCAUUUCAACCACAGCGGCUCCCACGACAACUGUCACCACCGCCGGUACUACUACUAUCAAGAUUAAUUCAACCACAACGGCUGCCUCUACCACUGUCACCACCGCCGGUACUACUACCAAAAUUAAUUCAACCACAGCGGCUGUCACUAGAAGUACCACUAACAAAAUUAUUACCACCACAGCGGCUGUCACUACAGGUACUACCAGCAAAAGCACAGCCAGUACCAGUACAGUAACAAGUGCUGCUUCAGAUGUAAUUGGUCGAGGCAUUAGCUUGAUAAUACUAUUCAAUAUGAUGAUACUGUUCGUCAUGCAAAGUUGA